AAUUCAUUCGCUUCAGAGUUCAGCCCGCAGGCCGCAUUCGAAUUCUGACAGGACCCGGUACGGGCGUUCGAGGUCUCUUUUUUUCGAGAAAAUUGCAGUUGUGAAUAGACGACUUCUAUUAUUUGUCUCUACUACAAACGAUAGUAUUUAAACGUCUAAGAUGACUGUGGAGGAAGGAGUUGAUAUCACUAAAGCCCAAGAUGGUGGAGUUCUGAAAAGAAUUAUUAAGGAAGGCAAAGGCACUGAAACUCCGAACGUGGGAUGCCAGGUGAUCGUGCAUUACACUGGAACACUUCUAGAUGGAACCAAGUUUGAUUCCAGCAAGGACAGAAAUGAACCAUUUGAAUUUCAACUCGGCAAAGAUAUGGUGAUAAAGGGAUGGGAAGAAGGCGUUGCGACUAUGAAGAUGGGCGAGGUCGCGAUGUUGAUCUGUCAACCGGAAUACGCUUACGGCGAGCAGGGCAACCCGCCCAAGAUACCGCCCAACGAGACGCUGCAGUUCGAGAUCGAGGUGUUGGAUUGGAAGCUGGAAGACUUGAGCCCUAACAAGAACAAGGGUAUCCUGAGAUAUGUGGUGGAACAGGGCACAGGGCGAGACUGUCCCAACGAUGGCUCAGCUGUUACUGUGGAACUGGAAGGAAAGCUUACGGACGGGACCGUGUUCGACAACCGUACGGUUUCCUUUGUGUUGGGGGAGGGCGCUGAAAUUAAUAUAUGCCACGGACUGGAACGGGCCAUAGAGAAAUUCAAUCUCAGCGAAAAGUCCAUAUUGACUAUACAGCCGAAAUAUGCCUUCAUGUCCGAGGGCAAUUCGGAAAUGGGGGUUCCCCCGAACGCUGUAGUGGAGUAUACCGUGAAACUGGUCAGCUUCGAGAAGGCCAAGGAGCCGUGGGCGAUGAGCGCCGACGAGAGAGUCCAGCAAGCGAAGAUAUGCAAAGAGAAAGGCACAAAUUACUUCAAAGAUAACAAGUACCAGAUGGCCAUCAAGAAGUAUAAGAAAGUCUGUACUCUGCUGGAAGACAUGGUAGACGACAUCACCCAGAAGUCCGAGUACCGCAACGCUGGUAAGAGACUCCUACUGGCGGUUCAUCUCAACCUGGCCCUGGUGUAUCUGAAGGUGUCGGCUUUCUACCCCGCCAACGACCACGCCAACAAGGCCCUCAAGUUCGACCCCAAGAACGUCAAGGGUCUGUUUAGAAGGGGCCAGGCUCUACUGGCCAUCGAGGAGGCGGAGAAAGCGCUCCAAGACUUCGAGAAGGUCGUGCAAGCUGAGCCCGAAAAUAAGGCGGCUGCGAACCAGAUCAAGGUGUGCAGGUCGGUGAUCGCGAGGCAGAAGCAGAAGGAGAAGCUGCUGUACGCCAACAUGUUCGACAAGUUCGCCAAACACGACUCCGAGGUGGAGAGGCUGCGAGCUAAAGCCGCUGCGGACGCUUACAGCGGCCCGGUGGGGGAGUGGGCGGGGGAGGGAGGGGAGGGAGAGUGGACGGAGAGGGAGCGGGAGAGGAAACCGACUCACUUCGAGAGGGAGAACCCCAACAUACUGAUGCUAGACGGUGACGGCAGGUUCCAGAACAUGUGAACCAGCACAGGCGGUGGAGCGGUCGGAGGGGAUAUGUUUAAUAGUUAAAGCUCGUGUGUAUACAAGGUACUAGCCUCACUACUAGAUAGGGUCCACAUCCAGGCAAGUUCAGAUCAGGCUACUACCUACCGGAGGUACGUUCCCGUGGACACUAUUCUCACUUAGUUUUUGCAUCAUCAAACUAAACACAGCAAGUCAGUCGCUCAUUCUAAGCUCGUUGCUAGCGGCGUGUCGCGGAACCAAAGAAAUAUUCACGAGUUGUAAUCAUUAUAAUAAUAUAUGUCCUUACCAGCCGUCGCACACUCUGGGAAACUCGUAUGACUCGUCCCAAAACUCCGUACCGCGCUUAUUUCAAAACUAAAUAUUCUGUAAUUUUGCGCACAUACACGUGAAAGUAUAAGGUGUAAUAGAAAAAAAUAUAAUUUUGAAAAUUAUGUUAUUAAUUUAUUUAAUAAAUAAAACUUAAAAAAAUACAUGCAUUUAUAAGAAAAAUACAUUUUUUUUUGUAAUUUACUUGCAUUAAAUAGAAUUAAAUAUCGUUGUAUAAACAGCGUCUAACGUGAAAAAAAUAAUGUACAGAAUUCAACAGGCUCCUGUAGAUUUUCGUUGACAGCAAGGAGGGACUUGGCGUCAUCGAAAAGUGCUCUCGAUAUAAUGUGGUCAAAUAAGCUGGUCACAACUAUAUCACAACCACAAAUAAGUAUUAAUGAUACUCACCACUGUAAUGACAAUGUUAUCAAUUUUACCUUAACAUAUAACAGACGAUUAUGUGAGAAGUAAAAAGAUAUUGGAAAAAAAUAAAAAUGUUAUCUCGCGAUAUGUGGCAGAAAACGCGCCAGUAUGCGCAACUUUUUUUUUAUCUUUGUGUAAACUGAUGUGUAAAGAUCGUAAUACAACCAAUAACUCGACAGCGGCAAGCGGGUAAGUGUCUUUAAAAAAAAGGAACCCGAAAAUUGUACCACCUUAAACUAUAUUGCUUAAUUUUAAUUUAUUUAUUAUACAUAAUAUUACUUGACAAACUUUAUGAAAACAUUAUUAGCAUUUCAAAAAUGUGUAAUACUUAAACAUUUGUACCAAAAACUUUCUAGUACCGUGGCUUUGAAUUGUAGUGAUGUUUUGUGCUAAAAUCACAUCAUUGAACACGAGUCAGCUUUGAUGCCUUUUUAUAUACAUUAUGGUCGGCAAAAAAUAAUUAAAAAAAUAUAGAAAAGAAAGCUUAUUUAUAAGACUAAAUUAAUUAAUUAGUUUUACUCCAUAACAAUUUUCACGUGAAACGGUUUUGAGACGGCCUUGUACGAAGCGUUCCCAUAGUGUGUUGUUCCGUCUCGCUCUUUGUACAUAGUCUAUAUGAUACAUUUAAUCUUUACAGUAGGUGGUAGGAAAUCAGUCAAUAUUGUAAUCUGUGUCUCAUAUGCUAUAUAACUGUAAACCAAUGUCUAGACAAGUUUUAACUUUGAGAAAUUUCAGGCGUUUGGAUGAAAUUGCUUGUGUACUUAUAAUAUAAUUUUUUUAAGUCUUAAAACCUGUGAUCUUUAGAACACUUACUGAGAUAAAAUAUAAAUUGUAACUUAUUUAUGUAUAAAAUGUUUUGUUUUCAUUAUCUGUGUCUCAUAACAUGUCAGGCUAGUUGUAUGACUCUAUGUUAGUGUUGCCAGAUAUAAUGAAAUAACGUCCUCAGUGUGCUCCAGACAUAUAUCGAAAUAGUUUUCAUUCCAAGGCGUAGAUAUUUUACAACUUAAAUGUAUUUGAUCAUAAAGAUCUCUGAACCAUAAUUAAUUUGUGAUGUCACAGGGACUUGUUUCGUUCUGCCUGGUAUAUAUGUUUACUUGUGAUGCGUUCGGAUCUCUGUAUUGUACUCUUGUGGUCGGUUCAGGAAUGUAUGGCAUCGGUCUUAAACCGAUCGUGUGUCCGUUUAUAUAAAUCUGUUCCAUUUAUUGUAAACCUAGUUGUUACGAUUCUAAUUAUAAUAAACAUCUAAGUGUUCAA